CUCCUUCAUACUUCAGACGGAAGCCGUUCGGCGCUGCAAACAACCGCUCUCUCUUACGUCUUUUAACCUUCUUUUUGACACUCAUCGCGUCGCUUCGGUUGCUUAAGUGCAUUCUCUCCGCCACCCCCCCCCUCCUCUCCCUGCUUUACGCACUCUUCUAUCGACUCGCGCGGCCUCCCUCCCUCUGCCUAUAGCCGCGCGUCUUCAUCCUUCGGACUUUCUUAAUUUUUGCCUUCUUUCGUUAUGGCUGUCGUUCUCAGCGGUUCGAUGUCAGAGGUUCUGGGUCAACGUAUCCAACCAAAGCUAGUAGAGAUAGGAUGGAGCAUCAGCGGUGAAGAUAACUCUCCGCUUAGUGAAUACAUUUGCCUGAUGAUACAGAAUGGCAAGAGCCGGGAACAGAUUGCGGAGGAGCUUUCUGGCGAUUUGCUCGGUUUGCCACCGGGAGAUUCAACGGCGUUAGAAUUUGCCAAUUGGUUGUUUGAGCAGGUUGAUAGCCUGAAUGGGAAAGCGCAGGGAAAUGGAAGCCAGCAGGAAACCGCCGCCCAGGAACAGGGUGCUUCCUCGGAAGGGCCUCAGGGUGUGGAUGGUGCCAUGGAUCAUGACAUGGGCGAAGUUGCCGAUGGAGAAUCUGGGCAGAAUGGAGUACCCACUGCGCCAAAGGCUAUGAGACAUCCACAGGGACGGCGAUUAUUCAAUCAGCUAACAAAAGCGAUGGACCGCCCGACGCCUGUUGAUCCUUUACAUCGUGUUAGGCCUCAGGCUGGAGGGAUCGAGAGACGUGAUCCGCCCAAAGGCCCUUCGAGAGGUAUGAUGCGGGGAGGACAGAUGGGUCGUCAGAAUGGCCCUGGUCGUAUGAACGGGCGUAAUGGAAACGCCCCCCCGGUCUCUGGCUUCGCGACCUUAACCCCUCAACAACAGAUGCAAUUCUAUCACUUGUACCAGCAGCAAUCGCAGGCUGUGGCACCGUUCAUGGGUGGUCCACCGCCUCCUCAUAUGGGCCCUAUGGCACCGCCGGACAAUAAGUUCAACCACGGUAACAAAAACCAUCACCACAAAGACAACAACAGCGAAAUGGAUACCGGCGAGGAUGCAGGUGCCCCAGGCGGUAGAGCACCAACACCAAUCGCAGGAGAUGCACCGCCAUCAUCCAUGGACCAAUCCCCAGACAAGCAACUAGACGAGGUCCCCUGCAAAUUCGCGGCCAACUGCACCAAGCCCGAAUGCCCGUUCGCGCACCCGACUCCCGCAGCUAUCCCUGGCAAACCCGUCACAUACGUAUCGGGUGAAAAGUGUUCGUUUGGUGCCGGUUGCAGAAAUCGGAAAUGUACCGGUUCUCAUCCAUCACCCGCUGCUUCCGCUGUCAUCGCUAGGCCGUCAAAGAUUGACGCGGAGUGCAAGUUCUAUCCAAAUUGCACUAAUCCUGCUUGUCCUUUCAAGCAUCCGGAUAUGCCUCUCUGCCGCAACGGCCCAAAAUGCACCCGCCCAGGUUGCCAUUUUACCCACACCGAAGUCAAAUGCAAAUUUAACCCGUGUCUGAACCCUAACUGCGCAUAUAAGCACGAUGAAGGUCAGCAAAAGGGUGCAUUCGAUCAUAAAGUCUGGACUAAAGAUGGCAAGCGGGAGCAUGUCAGCGAGAGGAAGUUUGUCAACGAUGACAUGGAGGAGGAGUUGAUCAUCCCUGGUCAGGUACCUGUUUGUGCAGAGCAUGUCGGGGACAUGGACACCGCUCCUGUUGAUGAUGUGGAGCAGUAGGAGGUGGGGAAACAGGCCGGUGGUGGAGCCUGUGCGUGUUCUUGCUUCAUAGUUGUGUUUUUCCCUGGAGCAGAGGGGCUGGCGAAAUGGUCUUAUGGAACAGUGCUUGCAAUACAGUUUUACAUGGACGGGGAGAACUAAAAGUGUAGCGGCGGGAACCCUCUUUUCAUUUUCUCAUUUCAUUAUUAGAUAUCUGCUUUCUCCCUUCUUCACACCUCCUCCCCCGUAUCACCGGGGGGGGGGUGCUAUAUAGUUAAUCUGUUCCGCUUCCCCACCUCCCUACUUUUACUUUUUAUAACUUUCUCGUUACCUUAUCCGGAGUCGUUAAAAUUUGGGCAAAUCUGUUUUUUUUGAUUUCACUAGGGAUGGCGGUGUUGAGUUGUCGUUGUUUGCUUGUAUAUAGUUACUCGUUUUGCGUACGUGCGGUAUUCAUAUCCCGGGGAUUGACUGGUAUUCUCUUGUGACUUUGGAUUAAUAUGAACUGUGAAAUGAUCAUGAUUAUGGGGUUGGACUAAGCUUUUUUGUGUGAGGGCAGGCGGGGCGGGUUUCAUGCCGUGUAUUGUAGUGGGCGAGUAUGAGAGUUAGUGAUAGGCAUAAUAUGGAUGUGUUUGGUAGGAUGGA